GAGUUGGCUGAUCACGUGACCGUCACCAUGGUUCCCCUUGAAGCUACGUUACUACAUGCUAAGGCCCAAAAAGGGCUCCUGAAUAUAAAAUGAGCUGUUAUGAAGUGUGCUUGCUCCUCGGAGCGGCGGGCGUCGGGAAAACAUUGCUCCUAAAACGACUCCUCAAGCUCAGUUUGCGUGGCACUGUUGAAGUGGAUAGCCCUCCGCAUACUCUGACAACUGUGGGAACCAACCUGACGGACGUGAUGCUGAGGCGAAAGAAGCUGACGGUGAGGGAGUUGGGAGGCUGCAUGGGCCCAAUCUGGUCCAGUUACUUCAACGAUUGUUCGUCGGUCAUAUUUGUGGUGGACUCGUCCAAUGUGGCUCAAGUGUCGGCAUCGUGCAUCCAGCUGCUGUCGGUGCUUUCUGCUGGGCCUCUGCAAAACGCUUCUGUGCUUAUCAUCUUUAACAAGCGGGACAUGCCUUGCACCAUAAGCCUGCCGGAGAUCCGCUCCCUGUUCCGAUUGGAUGACGUGGCGGCCUGCGCUCCUCAGCCCAUCGUCACGCUGGAAGCCAGCGCCCGCUCCGGGAUGGGACUGCGGGAGGUGUUGGCCUGGAUGGAAUCCAUCGCCGUCAAGUGACAGCCGGCAGGAAAAAGGACACUACGGUUUAUUUUAUUUGGUCAAUCAGGAGAACUUUUUGGGUGAACACAGGCAUGAACAUGGUGAUGCGCGACAAAUAUUUAAUGGAAGGCAGCCAGCCAGCCACAGAUGGUGACAGGCAGAGCAUGCUCUUGCACUGGAUGGAAGAAGGCAAAAAUUGUGCAUCCAUACUUUCUGACAUUUUCCACCCUUUCUGCUUUCUAAUGGGGCUUUGUAAAGCUACUGCUUUGUAUACACAUACAAAAAGGUGUAUGCUUCAGGAUGAUCCUGUAGAGCAGUGGUCUCCAACGCCCGGGCCGCGGACUGGUACUGGUCCGUGGAUCAUUUGGUACCGGGUCGCACAAGAAAGUAUAAAUAACUUGCAUUAUUUACGUUUUAUUUA